CUGCUAAGUAGCUUAAAGGUCUCAGGGCCCGCAUAAAACUGCAAGCAUCAUACAUAUCAUAACCAAUUUGUUCCCUCGCCUCGUCUGUAAUAAACCCCACAUUCCGCCCAAGGAAUCCGCCCCACUAAGCACCACGUCCACCCGCUGCUCUCUAGCCCACCAUAUAAUUUACUUGCAGCACAAACCAGAUCGAUAACCUUCGCACCAGAGUGGCAAAUCCGCAAACCCUCCUGAUAAUGGCCGAGCCGGAUGCCAAUCCCAGAUCAUCCCGUGAAGGGAACCCUAUGGUUUUGUCCGUGAUGAGCAGUUCUACCAAAAGGAGAGUCUACGAACUGCAUUCUCUGACCGAGCGAAUACAGCGGGGUGGUAAGAUCUCGAUUCCAAUUUACCCCUGGGGACCCCAUGCUUGGAAAUACAGAAAUUGACGGGCCCCGAGCAGAGCUUCCACCGGAAGAGUUCCCGCUUGUCAUUCAGCUUCUCUUCAAAACGCAUCCAUACUACCACGAUCGGGACUCUCGGGAUGCUGUUCGGAAGUGCUUUCUUCAGAUGUUUGAGUCUGAGGCGCUUUCCAGUGCGUAUAUUAGAUAUCUCGUCGUUGCCACCAAGAACGAAUCACAGAAAAGUGGAAUUGCACCUUCCAGCGCUUUCGUCUUACUCGAGUGGGUCUCCGUUAUCAUGUCCCAGGUGUCAAAGUCGCUGGAGCUCUUCAGCGCUCAUAUCAAAGAUCUACUGGUUGCGCAGGUAUCUUUGCUAGAAUUGUGCCUAGGGUCGCCACACGCGAAGGGCAGUCUCAAGAAAUCUGCACUCACCGUUGCUAGACGUGGCCUGCGGGCAGCUCUCUCGACAAGGAAUGAGUACGAGGCUAUUAUCAGGGCGAUGGUUGAAGGUCUCACGGCGAAGGGUUCCACAUCGAUGCAAAAGAAUGCGCUUUUACUAGGUGUCAUCAGCGGGGUAUGCGCGAGGGUGCCAAAGCAAAAGGAGGUAUUGCAGGGCUUAAAGAUGGGAAUCUACGAGUUUUACACUAGAGAACUUAUAAUGUCAAGGACUCCUAUUCCCCAGUAUAUAUCCGAGUCGCUUCAUGGUUUUUUCUCAGAAUUCACCACCCUAGAGGAGUUUAAUGCCGAGCUGGUGCCUGCAUUGGAUAAAGCCCUUUUGCGGUCCCCUGAGGUUGUGUUGAAUGGUCUGAUCACCUCACUCUUCAAGUCGCUAUCCCCGACGAUCGAUUUAUCCAGGGCAAUGGCCGACAAGUUAUUAAAACCACUAUUGUCUUCGAUCAAGUCUAGUAACGUCAAAAUUCGUAAUGGCGCUGUCCUCGCGUUCGCAGCCGGCAUGGACAAAUCCCUUGAGGGUGAUGAACAAGCCAUCAGCAAAAUCACGGACGAAUUGGUGAGCCCGGUGAAGGCGGGAAAGGUCACCGCUGCGGAUCAACGUGUUUUAUAUGCUACCAUGAUAGAUAAAUUAUCUUCGUCAGACCGCCUUGGUGGGGACUUUUCUGCCAACCUCGCCGAGAUCGCCAUCAAGGAACCAAACGAGGCGGUUCUUCUGGAGCUAUCCUCUGCUCUCUUUAAUUCCUUAGCCAGGGAGCUCAAGAAAGAGAUCGAGCCAGUGAAGGGUGUGGUUGACAUUAUCAACAAAGGAUUGACCGAUAAGCGACAAAACUUUAGGCGGGCAUGGAUAUUGCGAAUAGGAGACCUGAUCUGGGAUAUGGGAGGGACACCAAAUGCCGUCACUAUAAAAUUUUGCGAAAACAUUAUCCAAAAAAUAGUGGAUUCCUGGACAGAGGUGGUAACAAACCCACCCCCUGCAGCCCAGACCGGCCCUGUUACAGCUGGCUAUGUUUUCACGGCGCUUGCGUUGGACAAGAUAGCGAAGUGGGGUAGCGAGAAGAUAGCCUUGGUUAUCAAAAAGGUAGACAUAGUCAAACAAUGUCUCGCCACAACACCAAAGCCAUCAUUUCUAUUAAACCACAAGGUCUACUCUAAGCUUACACAAGUCGAUGACCAGAAGUGGGCGAUAAGAGCUCUAGCAGCUACAGCAGAUCAUGUACAAUACGAAGCCAAUCACGCAGACACAUGGGCUCUAGCCUUACUGUACCUUCUUUGUGCCCACAAUUCUCCACUUGAGAUCCGAGAUCAAGCCGUGUCUGCUCUUUCGUCCGCUUACCUCCACCACCCGGAGGCUAUCGGCAAAGUUGUGUUGAACGGGGUAUGGCAAUGGCUGAGGAAGAUCGAGAACCACGAAAAAGAUAACGCCCCUUCUGCUGCUAGGACCGGAGGAACCUACAUAGGCCUUGCUAUCCAUGCAAUCUGUCUCUCUGCCAACCCGGCAAAUGGAGGGCCUGAAACUGGGACCGUGCUCGAGGAGGAGAUGGUCAAGAAUCAACUUGUCAAUCUUGCGGUCGUUACCCACCAUGAGCUUAUGCCAGGCGUUGAUUGGAUCCGCCUCUGCCAGAAGACCGGGGUUGACCCGGGGGAGUUAGCAAGUGAGGAAGCUGCGAGGUUGGUCGGUGAGAUUAGAAUAUACACGGGUUUAAGUGGGAGGUCCUCCUAUAUUCGGGAAGCUGCCCUGAAGUCAUCAGCAACAUUGGCCUUCGUGGCCCCCGCCGCGAUUACACCCUUGAUUGUCCAACUAUUCACAGAUGAUCUUAACCCGGCAUUGUUAAGAGGAGUUGGCCCCCAGGAAGCAGCAAUCUGGAAAGCUCCGCCAGGAGUAGCCUACGUUGAUAUUCUCUCUAAAUCCAGCGCCAGCGUCAGACAAGAAAAGUCAAAAGACGCAGAUACCCUAAAAUGGGAAGCAGAGCUUCGGGCCCAACUCGCACGGAAGAAAGGCGCCGAGCGUAAGCUCACCGCCGAUGAGAAAGCAAGGGUGGAAGAGCAAGUGGCAAAAGAGGCAGUGAUUCGGAAAAAUGUGGAAGAGGUUAGUCUAAAGCUGAGCAGAGGUAUCGGCAUCAUUCAGUGCCUUGCCGAAGGGCUGCCCACUGCCGUAGAGAUGUGGAUGGGUACGGCGGUGACAGCUUUACUCAAAGUGAUGGAAGCCGGUGCUGGGGUGGUUAUCGGUGAUAGUGGGGUCAAAGCGUAUCUGGUUCGUCUGUACUCAAAACUAAACCCACCCCCAUAAUGAACGACGAAACUUAUAGAUUAUAGGCCUGCGCAGAACAUGUAUCAACUAGACUUGGGGUUAUAAGGCCAUUUAUUGGUAUCGCGAGUCUCAGAGCGUCGGAGGUUAGAGAAUUAUCUCCUGAGGUACGAGAGGAGCCACUCGGAGGUAACAACGUAUACUAAUUGCUUCUGAGAAACACCGUCUGCUGACUUUAGUCCUAGCUCUGGCAACACGCCUACUAUACCGGCUUCGCUUCACCGGAGAACAGCGCCCCUUCGAUACCGUCUCGCUCGUUUACCUACUGUCUUUCGUGAAUCUAAUUUUGGAGAGAGGGGGUGUGGGCGCAGCAGAACCCUCUGAAGAGGCUGACGAACAAAUUGUGCUCGCAGUAGAAUUCCUAUCAUUCCAUACCGAGUCAUGUAUGUGGUUAUUUCACCUUUUCCAGAUAAUUAAAACUAAUCUGACAGGUGUCGACCCCAACAUUCCUCGUGGAAACAUAUUGAAACUUCUGAUCAACUCCAUGCAACGAUACACUGCACACUACAAACUAAUCAAGGACUGCCUUCUCGAUCUGUGCAGAUGCAUUGCCAACUCAAUAUCAUUGGACGAAAUCAAAAUACUAGUGGGUGGUGUCAUUUCACCAGAAGUGAAUGUUCGGACGGCCACUUUACAGGCUAUCGACGCAGAAAUCGACGUUACAGAUUUUGACUUCGCCGAAGAGCUUUGGCUGGCCUGCCAUGAUGAGCUUGACGAGAACGUAGAACUAGCGAAAUCGAUAUGGGAAGAGAACGCCCUGGAAGUUCACGAGGAUUCUGCCCGAAAAAUGAUUCCCUUUUUGGAAUAUGUGGAUAAACCACUAAGAGCGGCGGCAGCACGAAGUUUAGCGGGAGCUGUUAGAAAAUUUCCUGUUGUUUUCUCGAAUAUACUUGAUACCCUACAGGAUCUCUACCGCGAGAAGGCCAAACCUAUUCUUCCCGCCUAUGAUGAAUUUGGUAUGCUUAAGAAAGUCGAUAACCGCGAUCCCUGGGAGUCUAGGAGUGGCAUUUCAUUUGCUUUCAAGGAGCUGGCACCAAUCUUCAACUCCACCAGGCUAGUGGGAUUUUGCGCGUUCCUAAUUGAAGGGGGGCCGCUCGGUGAUCGAAGCCACGCUGUCCGGGAAGAAAUGAUCGAAGCCGCUACCGCAAUCAUUGCAGCCCAAGGCGCUGCCCAAGUAGAAGAACUUAUGAAAGUUUUCGAACAAAGCCUGGAAGGACCUGAUGAUGGAUCAGAGCUUCGGGAUAGAAUCAAUGAAGCAGUUAUCAUUCUUUAUGGUGCUCUUGGGAGACAUUUAGGAAGUGGUGACAAGCGGAUACCCGGCGUUGUCGAUCGGUUGUUGGCCACACUAAGCACACCGAGCGAGACGGUACAGUAUGCAGUUGCCGAAUGUCUGCCUCCGCUAAUAAAAACCUCGAGGGACAAGGCUCCUGAUUACAUCAAGAAAUUAUUAGACCAGUUAUUUACAGCUAAAGCUUAUGCUGCACGCAGGGGGGCCGCAUAUGGCCUUGCUGGUGUGAUCAAAGGACGGGGUAUAUCUGCGCUGAAGGAUUACAGAGUCAUGUCAACGCUUCGAGGAGCAGCGGAGAACAAGAAGGAGCCUAAUGCACGGCAGGGUGCCCUUUUCGCUUAUGAGCUUCUCUCGUUGAUCCUUGGGAGGCUGUUCGAACCAUACGUAAUCCAGAUACUGCCACUUUUGCUCCAGAGCUUUGGCGACAGUGUCAUUGAUGUUCGAGAGGCUUGCUCAGAUGCUGCUAAGGUCUGUUUCUCGAGUUUGAGUUCGUAUGGUGUCAAAGUCAUUCUUCCGGAUCUCCUGGAAGGUCUUGAUGAGCCGGCAUGGAGAAGUAAGAAGGGUGCUUGCGAAACCCUCGGGGCCAUGGCCUAUCUAGCGCCCCACCAAUUGGCUAUUAGCCUCCCGGAGAUUAUUCCACCAUUAACUACUGUCCUGAAUGACUCACAUAAAGAAGUUCGAGGAGCGGCGAACCGAAGUUUGAAGAAAUUCGGUGAAGUCAUCAGCAACCCCGAAGUUAAGGACGUAGUGGAUGUUUUGUUGAAGGCGCUCAGUGAUCCUACAAAGUACACAGAUGGCUCCCUAGAUGUUCUUAUGAAAGUGUCGUUCGUGCACUACCUAGAUGCUCCAUCGCUCGCAUUGGUAAGUUCCUCCCAAACCGCUUUUCUCGAGUGACUAGCUUAUGGUGCAGAUUGUCCGCAUCUUGGAACGAGGCCUUGGGGACCGAUCCGCCACAAAACGGAAGGCCUCUCAGAUAAUCGGCUCUUUGGCACAUCUUACAGAGAGGAAGGACCUCAUGGUUCAUAUCCCCAUUUUGGUAUCCGGCCUAAAGCAAGCAAUUGUUGAUCCAGUUCCCGCCACAAGGGCGACCGCCUCUAAAGCACUCGGAUCGCUUGUCGAGAAGCUCGGCGAGGACGCUCUACCAGAUAUCAUCCCAGGUCUUAUGGCUACUCUCAAGUCCGACACUGGUGCCGGAGACAGACUGGGCUCUGCACAAGCACUCUCGGAAGUUCUCUCCGGACUUGGCACCCAGCGCCUGGAGGAAACCCUUCCAACGAUUCUUCAAAACGCCAACAGCUCAAGGCCAUCUGUCCGCGAGGGAUUCAUGUCACUUUUCAUCUUCCUGCCGGCUUGUUUCGGGAACUCCUUUAGCGCCUACCUCAGCAAGAUUAUUCCCCCAAUUCUUUCUGGCCUCGCGGAUGAUAUCGAAUCAAUCAGAGAGACCUCCCUGCGCGCUGGCCGUCUGUUGGUCAAGAAUUUCGCAACCAGAGCUAUCGACUUGCUGUUGCCUGAACUCGAGCGAGGGCUUGCGGAUAAUAACCACAGAAUCCGCCUGUCUUCGGUUGAGCUAGUUGGGGAUCUUCUCUUCAAUCUUACUGGCAUCAGUGGUAAAGCCGAGCAAGAUGAUCUGGAGGCAACCGGAGAAAUCGGAAACUCCCUUCUUGAGGUACUCGGUAAGGAGAAACGUGACAAAGUCCUUUCGGCACUCUACAUCUGCAGAUGUGAUACGUCUGGUCAAGUUAGACUUGCAGCCGUGGCGGUUUGGAAAGCACUUGUGGCAAGUCCUAGAACACUCAAGGAGUUGGUGCCGACCCUUACUCAGCUCAUCAUUCGACGACUUGCGAGUUCGAGCACGGAACAAAAGGCUAUUGCUGGACAGGCACUUGGAGAACUUAUCCGGAAAGCUGGCGAGGGUGUGCUAUCAACUCUCCUACCAACACUAGAGGAAGGCCUUCGCUUCGCUACUGAUACAGAUGCCAAGCAAGGUAUCUGUAUUGCCCUCAAGGAAGUGGUCAAUUCUACGUCACCCGAGUCGUUGGAGGAUUAUGAAACCACUCUAGUAUCCGUUGUACGAACAGCGCUAGUUGAUUCAGACAACUGUGUGAGAGAGGCCGCGGCAAAGGCGUUCGACGCUCUUCAGAAACUCAUUGGCAAGAGGAUCGUCGACCAAGUUCUUCCGCAUCUCCUGAGCCUCCUCAGGUCGGAAGACGAUGCAGAACACGCUUUGGCGGCACUCCUCACACUGCUUACAGAACAAACCCGCUCUAAUAUCAUUCUUCCCGUCCUCAUUCCUACAUUGCUAGCACCUCCGAUUUCACAUUUCAAUGCUUGUGCACUCGCAUCACUUGCGGAAGUUGCCGGCAGCUCAUUGAACAGGAGACUGCCCAAUAUCAUGAACUCACUGAUGAACAAUAUCAUAGCCUGCCAAGAUGAAGCGCUGCUGGUGGAUCUCAACACCUCCUUCGGUUCAGUCCUUCUCUCAGUGGACGAGUACGAUGGCCUGAACACGGCAAUGAGUGAAAUGCUAAAACUAGUCAAGCACGACGACCACAGAAAGAGAGCAGUUGCCUGCGAGCACUUUGCCAAAUUCUUUGCAGAAACAGACGUGGACUACUCUAAAUAUACCCAAGACUGUAUCCGCGUGCUACUAAUCUCCUUCGACGACCGCGAUAAGCAAGUGGUGAAGAACGCCUGGAGCGCCCUCAACGAGUUAACCAGGAAGCUCAAAAAGGAAGAAAUGGAAGCCCUCGUAUUCUCAACCAGACAAGUCCUCCAGCAAGUCGGUGUUUCUGGAGCUGAACUACCCGGUUUCUCUCUACCAAAGGGGAUCAAUGCCAUACUCCCCAUCUUCUUGCAGGGCCUAAUGUACGGAACCCCAGAUCAGCGAACCCAAUCCGCGCUUGCAAUAUCAGACAUCAUCGACAGGACUAACGGCGAAUCGUUACGUCCCUUCGUCACCCAGAUCACCGGGCCAUUGAUCCGUGUCGUCUCGGAGAGAUCUGCGGAUGUCAAGGCUGCGAUCUUAUUAACCUUGAAUUCAUUACUACAAAAGAUCCCGGCAUACCUAAAGCCGUUCUUACCCCAGCUGCAGAGGACCUUUGCGAAAUCCCUGGCAGACACAUCGAGUGAGCUUUUGAGAACCAGGGCGGCCAAGGCUUUGGGAACUCUUAUCACUUUGACACCUAGAAUUGAUCCUUUAAUUUCUGGUUUGCUCACUCCGAGAUACUAGAAAGGUUGUUACUAACCAGUCCAUUACAGAAUUGGUAACGGGAGCAAAGACACCUGACACCGGUGUGAAAGAUGCCAUGAUGAAAGCCCUCUACGAAGUCGUCAGCAAGGCCGGCGGAAACACAGGUGAAGCAUCCAAAGCAUCUAUACUCUCGCUGAUAGAAGACGGCCCCGACCAGGACGACGGUUCUACUCCUUUCCCAUCUUCCCCCUCCCCACAUCUGUCUACGCUACUAACUUAACAUCAGACCGCAUGGCAAUUGCCGGGGCCCGCCUAUUGGGUGUGCUAGUACCUCAUCUUUCCCCAGAUGAUUCCAGCAGAGUGAUACGGUAAUCCCCUAUUUUCCCCCACUUCUCCUUCCAUUACACAACGAAAAAGCAUAAACAAGGAAAAAAUACGAUCUAACCUCCACCUAACCGCCCACAGAACCCACGCGGUUUCGAACGCCUUCACAAAAGCAUCGGUUCUUGGCCUCAAUGCCGUGCUCAUAGAGUCUCCUACUAGUCUAGCCGAAUCCCCCUUCUCUGAGGAGACACCGUCAAUUAUCAGUCAAGGGAUAUCACACAAGAAUGUAAGUCUCCCUUCCUUCCUUCCCCUCCCUCCCCUCUUUCUCUCAUUUUCCCUUUUUCUCCUCUGCACCCACACACACCAGCCACUCACUAGCUCGCUCCCUUUCCCCAGCACAAACGGAAUAGCCAAGAGAAAAAGAAGGAAAGCUUACGAAGAAACUACUAUUUACAGCCCUUCAUAUCAGACAACUGCGUUUUGGCUGCGGGUAAACUCUUGAUAUCCUCAGAACUGAGCAAGUCCUUUGAAACAGCAAAGAGCAUCCUAGAGUCGCUCACACAAGCCAUAAGAAACCCCGUAAGCGCAUCGACAGAUACAAAACGUCUAGCGCUAGUAGUGAUCCGAACUGUCAGCCGCCUACAACCAGAAGUAAGCGCCCUCCACCCACCCCAAUCCAACCCACUCAUAGAAAAAUAAGAAAAAAACAAAAGCAUACCCACCCGAUUCACAACCUUAUAAAUAAAUCAAACGUGCAAAAGCUAAAAUCUUACACUCUUAUCUCCCUUUUUAAACCCUCACAGAUAAUCAGACCCCACCUCCCUCUCCUAGCGCCCGUGAUCUUUUCUUCAGUCCGGGACAUUGUCAUCCCCGUGAAGCUCUCGGCGGAGCAAGCGUUUAUUGCCAUCUUCCAGGUGGUCCAGCAGGGCGACACGGUGUUCGAAAAGUACAUUGGCACGGUGGAGGGGCCGCAGAAACGCACCAUGCACGACUACUUCCGCCGCGUCGCAAUGAAGUUGGCCACCGCGGAGAAGGAGAGGAACGAGGCGGGCGGUGCGGGGCUGGGCUUGAAUAGCGAUGAGGAGGAGGAUAUGAAGGAGAUUAUGAGCGUUGGGCGGGCUGAUAGUCAGGGGUGGGCUAGCAAUGAUUAAGUGUAGUUAGGUCUGUGGGGGUGAUGAUGAGGAUGGUUUCGGGAUGAAUCUCCUUUCUCCUUUCUUUUCCCUUGUCUCCCAUAGCCAAAAGUUGUUGUCUUCUUGUGUUUCUCCUGGACGUCAUAGCGAGGUUUUGUUUUCUCCUCACUUUUGGACUUUGGGCACGAAAAAGCCUAAGCUUUCGUAGGCUUGCUGUUCGUGACAUGUGCAGUUAUAUCUAAAAAGUCCUCGUAUGGUCCCUAGCAACAGUACUACAUCACAAUCCAAAGCAGCUAAUGAUACAAAUUCACGGCUAAUAAAUCCAUAAGAUAAUAGGUGAUAGAAAACUUAGAAAUUUCCCAAUUAUCCAAUCCUGGUAAAUUUUCUCCAACAGGUAACGUAAGACAUCCGGAAGUCGGACAAAACACGGAAGUCGGACAUUGCUUUUUCGGUGCCAAGAGGGUGACAGCAUGUCAAUUCAGAGGUAUAUCUCAGGAAUGCAUAGGUAGAAAUUGAAUCUGUAAAUGACAAGAUGAUCAGCAAUGUGAAAGGUUCAAGGUAUUUGAAAAUCAAGGAUUGAUAAGGAGAAGGAGGACCACAUUCAAUAGGCUUUCACUGUCCAGGAGAGUAGACUCGGAUACCCACCCCCAACCUUUUGGAACCUGGCUCUUAAGUUUGAAAUAGCAUGGAGUAUAUUGUAUGAUUGAGUUAUAGGGAAGGUACAGAAUUGGUGACAGGCUCAUGAGCAUCAACAAAAAUUGCCUCCAGGCACUGGAAAGGCUUUAGAAUGAUAGUAUUUAGAUAUGGAUGAUGCUGGUUUUCCACCUAGAAUAGAUAUUUUGUAAGGAAUAGUACAAUCACUAGCAAGAAGGAGGACGGAGGAGGAGAAUGAUGAUAAACUUGCAAUCCUAGGAAGGUCUUGGAUUACUGGUUUCCUUGAUAGGCACCCAAUUCUUACUGCCUGGUAUAGUGGACCGGGCAGCUAGAUCAACAAUGGGUUCAUACUAGCAAUCCUGCUAUCAUACAAGAUUUCUUUCACAAACUCAAUUGAAUAUUAUGAAUAAAUAAAAUCUGAUAUUUGAACAUCUAUAACAUGGAU